AUGGCUGGGUACGGAGUGAAUUGGAAGUACGUCCUCGGGGGCGUCCUUGGAGCGGCUGCAAUCCUGACCAUCGGGAUCUUGCUCGGCCACUAUGCAAUCCCACAAAACGAAGAAGCGCCUGGCUGGCUUCACAGCCUCUCCAGAGACCUGGACCCAGCUCUGCUGGAAGAUUUCAUGAACCAGGUGGACGCCGGACGCAUCCGAGAGAAUCUCAAGAACCUGUCUUCUCAGCCCCACAUGGCUACCACGAAGGGGGACGAAGACCUGGUGAAACUGAUGUUGAAUCGGUGGCAAGACCCUGCCUUUGGGCUGGACAACGUCACGGAGGUCCGGUAUGACGUCUUCCUCUCGUUCCCUGACCCAACAAAACCAAACAGCGUGGCUGUGGUGUUGCAAAACGGCACCGAGGCCUUUGUCUCCCAGGAAACGGAGGAAAGCCUCACCCCGGACCAGGCCAACAAGGACAUGGUGAAACCCUACGCGGCGUACGCACCCCCUGGGAACCCCAAGGGAAAACUGGUCUAUGCUAACCAAGGCAAAAUGAGUGACUACGAAUACCUGAUAAAACAGAAUAUUGAUCUCAAUGGCACGAUAGCCAUAACUCGCUAUGGAGGGGCUGGCCGUGCCGCCAAGGCCAUCAACGGGGCCCAAUUUGGCGUAAUUGGAGUGGUGGUGUACACCGACCCAGCAGAUAUAAACGAUGGCAAAUCUUCGGCAGAGGACACCUACCCCAAUUCGUGGUACAUGCCAUCCUCAGCCGUGGAGAGGGGUUCUUACAAUGGUUAUUUCGGAGACGCAUUGACACCUUAUUAUCCGGCCAAAGAUUUCACGUAUAGGAUUCCAGAGGACCAGAUUACAGGAAUUCCUCCGAUCCCCACCCAACCCAUUGGCUUUGGAGAUGCCAGAAACCUAAUCUGUAACCUGGAUGGUCCUAUAGCCGCGGACGCUUGGCAAGGGUCAUUGGGUUGUGUCUACCACCUUGGACCAGGAUUCCAGCAAAAUGGCUCCUUCUCUAAUACCAGCGAUGUCCAGGUGAACGUUUAUAACCAGAGGCAGAUCAAAGCGUCUUCCAAUGUGAUGGGGCUGAUACGAGGAAGCGUCGAACCUGACCGGUACGUCCUAUAUGGUAACCACCGGGACAGCUGGGUCCAUGGAGCUAUUGAUCCCAGCAGCGGGACGGCUGUCAUGCUGGAGGUCACUCGGGUUUUGGGCAAGAUGGUGAGGGAAGGGAAGUGGCGCCCACGAAGGUCCAUUAUUUUCGGCAGCUGGGGCGCUGAGGAAUUCGGUCUCAUCGGUUCUACCGAGUACACAGAGGAAUUUUACAGCAAACUACAAGAGCGCAGCGUGGCUUACAUCAAUGUGGACAUUGCAGUCUUUGCCAAUGCUACCUUGAGGGCGCAAGCCACACCGCCUGCUCAAAGUGUUAUUUUUGCAGCUACUCAGCAGGUCAAGACGCCAGCAGAUACGUCCGUGUCCGUCUAUGAAAACUGGAAACGCCACUUCAACCGAAGCAGCCCGAACUAUGGAAGCAUCCCCAGUUUAGGGGCUCUGGGUGCUGGCAGCGAUUUCGCCCCAUUUAUUCAUUACUUGGGCAUCACGUCCAUGGACAUUGCUUACACCUACGAUCGGAGCAAGACUUCUGCACGCAUCUAUCCUGCCUACCACACAGCCUUUGAUACUUUCGACUAUGCGGAUAAAUUCAUUGAUCCAGGUUUCACCAGCCACCAGGCUGUGGCACGGACCGCUGGCAACGUCUUGCUGCGCUUGGCAGAUUCCUUAAUUCUCCCGCUCAACGUCAGCGACUACGGAGAACUGCUGCAAGAAAUGUACCGCACUGCCGAGCAGGCGUUCCAGGCAACCCUGACCAAUCAAAGCAUCUCGCUUGUCCCACUCUCGAAUGCAAUUGCACACUUCCAGUUGGCUGCUGCCAGUCUUAACCAACGCGUCAAAAGCCUGCAGAAAGAAGAAUCUCCCAGCCCCCUCCAUGUGCGGGCUGUGAACGACCAGCUGAUGCUGCUCGAAAGGGCGUUCUUGAACCCCAGGGCUUUCCCCGAGAAGUAUUACUACAGCCAUGUCCUCCUGGCCUCCAAGACGUCCUCUGUUGCUACCUUCCCAGGCCUUGCCGAUGCGUUUGAAAGCGCCAAAGAGCUGGGCGUGUGGGACGUCGUCCGCAAACACCUGACGAUCGUUGUCCAAGCUAUCGAGAACGCUGCAUUCGUCAUGGAGCCCGUAGCUGGAUAA